AUGUCUUCUGCUAAGCCGGCUCCAGUCCUCGAGGCCCUCACCAGCGCCCUCAAUGUCCCAAUCCAGAAGCGUGAGGAUUCAUUCUACGAGCCCAGGCAACAGGGCUACUAUUCUCCAUCUCCAGAGGGUACUUGGCAACUAGCACAGACAAAUCAGACACAUGCGCCAAAUCACUCGCUGCCGGCCCUGAAUAGAAGAAACAUCCGUCUAAUUUCCUGGAACAUUGAUGUCCUGACUCCGUUUCACGAGGAGCGGAUGAGCGCGGCACUCACUUACCUCGAUGAACUCGUCUUUUCGACACCACCUGACGUUGCCAUUGUCGUUUUUCUUCAAGAGAUGGGCACUUCCGACAUGCAGCAGAUACGGGAAUCAGUGUGGAUAAAGAAGCGUUUCUAUCUCACUGAUGUCGAUGAGACAAGCUGGCUGAGCCCUUACUAUGGCACCACCAUGCUUGUAGACCGACGGCUGCAGAUCAACUCUGUGUUUCGUGUACCGUGGUACAGUAAAUUCGACAGAGAUGGCUUGUUUGUCGACAUUUGCAUCUCAGAAUCUGCUAAAGCGAAUGCUAACCCGAGGUUCAUACGGCUGUGUAAUACCCACCUGGAGUCUCUGGUUGCAGAUCCACCUGUUCGUCCUAUCCAAAUAGCAGUGGCCAGCCAGUAUCUCCAUCAAAGCAGUGUCUCGUGUGGUGUAGUGGCCGGCGACCUCAAUGCUAUACAGCCUUUUGAUCGCACCCUGCACACGGAGAACAAACUCAAUGAUGCCUAUCUCAUGUGUGGUGGCAGCGAAGACAGUGAGGAUGGAUAUACGUGGGGCCAGCAAGUCCCAGAAGCUCUCAGGAAUAGAUUCGGCUGCAGUAGAAUGGAUAAAAUUUUGUACAUGGGCUCAAUCCAACCUACAAGUUUCGAGAGAAUCGGUAUUGAUGUCAAGGUGGCGGAAGAGCAUAGACAGAAGAUGAGAGAAGCCGGACAGCUGGAAUGGGUCACGGACCACUACGGUGUAAUGGCUGAUUUUGUGCUACUUGAGGGAGGGGAGUUGGGUCAGAUAGGACAGUCAGCGAUGCUGUGAGUGGAUCAUCUUGCCCUGUCACUCACGGUGGUUGUUUGAAAGAGACAUGUUGAAAUCAGACCGCUAUGAUCAUUACUGAAUACUGUAAUUCCAGAACAGAG